CUGGACUUCGGCCAGAAGCAGGCCUUCGGGCGGCUGGCCAGACUCCAGCGUGAGCGGGCGGCGCUUCCCAUCUCCCAGUAUGGCCACUGCAUCCUGAAGACGCUGAAGCAGCACCAGGUGGUGGUGGUGGCAGGGGACACGGGCUGUGGCAAGUCCACUCAGGUGCCCCAGUACCUGCUGGCCGCUGGCUUCAGUCACGUGGCGUGCACCCAGCCUCGGCGAAUCGCCUGCGUCUCGCUGGCCAAGCGCGUGGGCUUCGAGAGCCUCAGUCAGUAUGGCUCACAGGUCGGCUACCAGAUCCGCUUCGAGAGCACGCGUUCAGCGGCCACCAAGAUCGUGUUUCUGACGGUGGGGCUGCUGCUCAGGCACCUGCAGCGGGAGCCCAGCCUGCCCCAGUACCAGGUCCUGAUUGUGGACGAGGUCCACGAGCGGCACCUGCACAACGACUUCCUCCUGGGCGUCCUCCGGCGCCUGCUGCCCGAGCGGCCGGACCUGAAGGUCAUCCUCAUGUCGGCCACCAUCAACAUCUCGCUCUUCUCCAGCUACUUCGGCGGUGCCCCCGUGGUGCAGGUGCCCGGGAGGCUCUUCCCCAUCACGGUCGUGUACCAGCCGCAGGAGGUCGAGCCAGCGACAUCCAAGUCGGAGAAGCUGGACCCGAGGCCCUACCUGAGGGUGCUGGAGGCCAUCGACAAUAAGUACCCAUCGGAGGAGCGGGGUGACCUCCUCGUCUUCCUCAGCGGCAUGGCCGAGAUCAGCACCGUGCUCGAGGCUGCCCAGACCUAUGCCAGCCACACCCAGCGCUGGGUGGUGCUGCCACUGCACAGUGCCCUCUCUGUGGCCGACCAGGACAAGGUAUUCGACGUGGCCCCCCCAGGAGUCCGGAAAUGCAUUCUCUCCACCAACAUCGCCGAGACCUCAGUCACCAUUGAUGGGAUCCGCUUCGUGGUGGAUUCCGGCAAGGUCAAGGAGAUGAGCUACGACCCCCAGGCCAAGGUGCAGCGGCUGCAGGAGUUCUGGAUCAGCCAGGCCAGUGCCGAGCAGCGGAAGGGCCGGGCGGGCCGCACGGGCCCCGGCGUCUGCUUCCGCCUCUAUGCCGAGUCGGACUACGAAGCCUUCGCCCCCUACGCCGUCCCCGAGAUUCGGAGGGUAGCCCUGGACGCGAUGGUGCUGCAGAUGAAGAGCAUGAACGUGGGAGACCCCCGAACCUUCCCCUUCAUCGAGCCGCCCCCACCAGCCAGCCUGGAAACAGCCAUCCUCUACCUCCAGGACCAGGGCGCCCUGGACAGCUCAGAGGCCCUCACUCCCAUCGGGUCCCUGUUGGCCCAGCUGCCCGUGGACGUCGUGAUUGGGAAGAUGCUGAUCCUGGGCUGCACGUUCCACCUGGCGGAGCCUGUGCUCACCAUCGCGGCCGCCCUCAGCGUCCAGUCGCCCUUCACCCGCAGUGCCCAGAGCAACCCAGAGUGUGUGGCAGCGCGGCGGCCCCUGGAGAGUGAUCAGGGGGACCCCUUCACACUCUUCAAUGUCUUCAAUACCUGGGUGCAGGUGAAGUCCGAACGGAGCGGAAACUCACGCAAGUGGUGCCGCCGCCGGGGCAUCGAGGAGCACCGGCUGUACGAGAUGGCCAACCUGCGGCGCCAGUUCAAGGAGCUGUUGGAGGAGCACGGGCUGCUGGCUGGGGCCCAGGCCCGGGAGCCGGGGGACAGCUCCCGGCGGCUGCAGCAGCGCAGGGAGCGCCAGGCACUGCACCGGCUGAAGCGCCAGCACGAGGCGGGCGGGGGCCGCCGGCGCAAGGUGCUGCGGCUGCAGGAGGGCCAGGUCGGAUGCUCCAGCGACGAGGACGAGGGAGGCACAGCCUCCCGCGGGGCUGGCGACAACGUGGACAUCCAGGACGUGAAGUUUAAGCUGCGGCACAACUUGGAGCAGCUGCAGGCGGCCACCAGCUCAGCCCAGGCCCUGACGCGGGACCAGAUGGUCCUGCUCAAGCUGCUGAUGGGCCGGGGCCUCUACCCGCAGCUCGCCGUCCCGGACCCCUUCAACAGCGGCCGCAAGGACUCGGACCAGAUUUUCCACACCCAGGCCAAGCAGGGCACCGUGCUGCACCCCACUUGCGUCUUCGCCAACAGCCCCGAGGUGCUGCACGCCCAGGAGCAGGAGCACGAGUGGGAGGCCCGGGCCGGCGAAGGGAGCCGAGACGACAGGGACAAGAUGAGCAGCAGGCACCAGCUCCUCACCUUCGUCUCCCUGCUGGAGACCAACAAACCGUACCUGGUGAACUGUGUCCGCAUCCCUGCUCUCCAGUCCCUCCUGCUGUUCAGCCGGUCCCUGGACACCAAUGCUGACUGCUCCCGCCUGGUGGCUGACGGCUGGCUGGAGCUCCAGCUUGCGGAUAGUGAGAAUGCCAUCCAGCUCCUGGCGGCUUCGCUGCGGCUCCGAGCCCACUGGGAAAGUGCCCUGGACCGCCAGCUGGCUCAUCAGGCCCGGCGGCGGCUGCCGGAGGAGGAGGAGGAGGAGGAGGAGGAGGAUGGUCGCAUCAGCCACAAGGAGGUGGUGGCCCUGAGCAGGGGACUGCUGCAGUUCAUGGCAUCCAAGGUUCCCUACAGGCUCCGGCGGCUCACGGGGCUGGAAACCCAGAACCUCUAUGUGGGACCCCAGACCAUCACGGCGGCCCCCAGCCUCCCCGGCCUCUUCGGCAGCUCUGCCCUGUCCCCCCACCCUACUAAAGGGGGCUACGCAGUCACGGACUUCCUCACCUACAACUGCCUCACUAGCGACACCGACCUGUACAGCGACUGCCUCCGCACCUUCUGGACCUGCCCCCACUGUGGCCUGCACCUGCCUCUGACGCCCCUGGAGCGCAUGGCCCACGAGAACACCUGCCCCCAGGCCCCGCGGGACGGCCCCCCAGGGGCUGAAGAAGCUGUCCCCGAGCCCCAGCAGAAGGCGUCGGCCCUGCAGAGGCCCUACCACUGUGAGGCCUGCCAGCAGGACUUCCUGUUCACGCCCACGGAGGUGCUACGGCACAGGAGGCAGCACGUGUGAGCCCAGGCCGGGUACCAGGACCCCAGGCGGACCCCCAGCCUGGCCACGGGACAGUGGCCUGUUCACCCUGUGGGGCGGGGUGUGAAUAAAGUCCCACAUACUGACUCCGACCUGUAAGCCUGUCCUACCCCCGGAAGGGAGCCGUGUCCCCUGUCGGACCCCAUGGUCUCGCUCUUGAGGGCCCCAGGGGUCGGUGCUCGGACGGGAUCUUAGCGCCUCUGGCCGCAGCGCGUGCUGAGUCCGCGCUCCUGUGAACUAGGGAGACCCGCGCUGGCCCACCGCGUGCGUCACUCAGACUUGGUGAGGACGGUGGUGUUGGUAUUCACGCGAGACCACAGGCUGCACUCCAGCACAGCCACCGGGGCCACUACAGGGCCCGCAGGUCAUUCUGGCUGUCCCCUCACCUGUCCCCUCAGACUCUGGCCACGCCCCCCCUUCCCUGAGGCACCUCCUGCCUUGGCCCAGGGCGCCCCUGCCACAGAUCUGUCCCGGUCCCAGUCCCAGGCCACCGGGCCCGGUCUCCCCUGCUCCCGGGCUCCUCCCCAUCUCCAUGUCGCGGGGCCCUGCCCUGCCUCCUGGCGCACGCGGUACAGCCCCACGGCUUCGCCCUGGCCGCACAUCUCACCCCAGCGCCUUCUCAGCAUCAACGCCCGAAGCCGGAUGAGCCGGACGGGGCCUGAUGGGCGUCCCAGGCUCACGCAGCCCCGGGCGAGUGUGGCCCCCUGCCUGCAGGACAGUCCCAGCUCCACAAGUCGGUGUUUAACCCAUUUAUCACUCACACGUUCCUCUUCUGUUUGUCUGUCUCUCUCUCCACCAACCAAGAUGUUCGAGCCUUACUUUUGGGAGUUGUGUUCGCCCAAAUCAGUGGCCUCUGCCGCAGCUCAGUAACUGUACCUCCACUCCCCCAACAGGCUAAGGGCCUCCGCGUCAUCUCGGCCCCCGCUUCAGUGUAAACCCAGAGCCUGACCGCCGGCCACUCUCCCAUGGCCCCACUGGGCGCCUGCCGUCCCACACAGGCGCGGGACCAGCUGCCUCCUCACUUUCUCCCAGGUGAUCGAUCGUAGGGCACGGCCAUGCGUCACUCCAUCGUGUCUGGUGUGUGACUCUUUGAUGUCACGUGCACAUGGUACUGGAGUGUUUGGCUCGUCAGCGUGGGAUCACGCCCCACACGGCUCCGCGGCUCACACUCAGUGUAAUCUGGAGAUCUUUCUGAGUCAGCGCAAAGCCCGCUCGUCCGUUUGCAUGGCUGCAGACCCAUCCAUGCCACGUUUACCCAACCGGGCCUGUGCGGAGGGACAGCUGAGCUGCUUCCAAUCUCGCGCCUAUAGACGGGGCUGGCACAAACGUCCUGUGCGUAUGUAAUUUCCGGAUUCGUGUGUCUCUGCAGGAUAAAUCCCCAGAGGCGGAAUCACGGGUCCCAGGGAAGGUGCAUUUUUACAGGUCAUUUGAUAGGUUGUCCCAAAUGCCCUUCUGUAUAGGCUGCACCGAUUUGCAUUAUUUUUAUAUAUCCCGAUUGCCAGUGAGCCCAAGCAUCUGCAUAUUAUUCUGGGCCAUUUGUAUUUCCUCUUCUGUGCUGGCUCCAACCUUUUGACUAUAUUUUUUUCCUGGGCGCUUGGUCAUUGGUUUAUAGGAGCUCUCUAUAUAUUCUGGGUCUUAAGCUUCAUUACAGAUGUGACAAACAUUUCUCCUAAUCUGCCGCUUAUCUUUAGGUCUGCUUGUUCAUGGUGACUUGACUCACUCAAAACUACCUCUAUCCGUUUUCUGUUAUGGUCUCUGACAAGGCCUUCCCCAACCCAAAGCAUUAAAAACAGACAAAUACGUGGGUAAAGGGAGGGACUAACCUCAGAAUCCCCCCCGCCUCAUCUCCAGCCAUUUUAAGAACAUGGCUUCUCAGGACUUUUCCUGUUUUCCUUCCUUUUUCCAUGUUAAAAUAAAGUAAAAUGAAUGACCUACAAGCAAGGAACAGUUCUUUAUAUUGGGGGGCCUGAAAAUGAAAGCUGGCCGGUGUCCCCCCCAGAAGCCUUAAGCGUCUCCUGGUGUCUGACCCACUCCUUCCUGGGGAGUGAGUGUGAGAGAAUCUGCCAGGAGGGAGGGAACUUCAUGCCCCGAGAUGGCCAUUAGGGUGUGUCAGAACCGAGGACACCCAGGGGUCGCGGACCCUCAGGGGCGAACUCCACGGCCUUAGCAGUACCAGAUGUUCUUCUCACCCACUAACUUCCUGGGGACACAUCUGGUCCAGCACGUGCACAAAAGCUCCAGACGGGGCUGUGGCUUCGCCUGUCCACAACUGUGUGAAAUAAACACGGGAUUGGCUGGGAUUAAGAAGGGAGAGGCGCUCGCCGCCACCCGCCUGUGGGGAGGUGGGCACCCCGCCGCCAGGAGGGGAGUCGGGGGCGGCGAUCUCGCAGGACCCUUCCACGCACAGAGUGCACGCCUCGGCCAGCAGUCUUCCAGAACUCUGGAAGCAUAACAUACAGAAAAGCGCCCAGAUCAUAAGUGAACACUGGUGAAUUUUUUCAGAAAAUGAAACAUACCUCUCCCACCGGCAUCCAGACCAGGAGACAAACCAUGACCAGCCCCCUGCAGCCCGGCUGGGGGCCCCCUGUGCAUGCGUUCAGUUUGGGGAGGUUGUUCGGAUUUGUUUUCCAAAGGCAUUUCACCAGUUUGCAUUCCCGCCAGCAGCGGGCGAGAGCUCCGAAUGUGUCACACACCGACUCGCUACUGUCAGUAUUUGCUAUUGAAGCCAGUCUAAUAUUUAUUUUAGUUUGAAUGGCAUUUUCACGAUGACUAGUGACGUCAAGUAUUUUUCCACGAGCUUAUUAGCCAUUUAUAUAUUUUUUGGAGUUUAUAUUAAAUAUUUGUCUCUCAUAAA